AUGAAGUCAUUUCUCACCCGGCCAAAGCGGAAGCUCAGUCCAGAACCGACAUCGGUCACCGACGACGAUGAACCCACAGAAGUGAAGCUGGUUCUCCUCUCCUCUGUCCAUCCCGACAUUGAUCAAGAAACUCUCCUCGAUUUUCUCCUGGCACACGAUGGCUCCGUCGACCAUGCAUCCGAGGCUCUGAAAUCCAGCAAUUGCCAUCAAGAUGUCAAGAAGAGCGGCGUGAUAGGGCAUCAACAAUCACUGAGGCAAUACGCCACCGGGGAUGCCACUUCACCUACGAAAAAGAAGCUCAAGUCAAAAAAGGGCAGCACACUGCAUUUGUUCGACCCGGAAGAUGUGGCUGAGCAUACACCUUGUACUAUAAUUCACAACUUUCUACCACCUGAGGAGGCGAAUGCGCUUUUGAAGGAACUGCUGCAUGAGGCAGAUUCCUUUGAGAAAAUCACAUUCAAGUUGUUUGACAAUGUUGUCUCUAGUCCGCAUACAUCAGGUUUUUUCGUCGAGAGCUACGAGGAUAUGAUGUCGCAAAAGUCAGAGUACUACUACAAUGGCUCUCAACUUACCGACGUCCGCCGCAUCACACCAGAAUUGACCAAGGUCAAGCCUAUUGUGCAAGCAGCGGUAAACAAAGAGAUCCAACACCGGAUCAAAACCCGGUACCCCAACGGCAAGAAGCUUAAACACCAGUCGCCCAACGCAUGGGUCCCGAACUCGGCCUUUGUGAAUUGCUACAACGGCGCACAACAGAGCGUCGGCUGGCACAGCGAUCAGCUCACGUACCUAGGCCCGCGGGCAGUCAUUGGGUCUAUUUCGCUCGGGGUCGCACGCGAGUUCCGCGUCCGCAGAGUUGUGCCGAAAGACGGUGAUACCAAGUCGGCAGAGGACUCUGACGCAGAGGGCCAGAUAUCCAUACACCUACCACAUAACUCGCUUCUAGUGAUGCACGCCGAGAUGCAAGAGGAGUGGAAACAUUGUGUGACGCCGGCGUUAUCUAUCGAUCCGCACCCAAUUGCAGGGAAUAAAAGGAUAAACAUUACGUAUCGAGAUUAUAGGCAGAGGAUGCAUCCAAAGUAUACGCCGAGGUGUGCGUGUAAGGUUCCUUGUGUGUUGAGGGUGGUGCAGAGAAAGAAGGAGAAUUUUGGAAAGUACUUUUGGAUGUGUCAUGCUGGCAAUGUCCCGGGCAAAGAAGGGUGUUCUUUCUUUCAGUGGGCGGAGUUUGAUGAUGACGGAAAUCCGGUUGUGAAUGGCAGUACAGUGAGGUAUUCUCAGAGGUAA